GCUAUCAUCAAAAUCUCUACUCCGUACAUUCCAAUCACCUCACUCCUGAGACAUCUGGUCACUGAACAAGGCAUCAUGUUGUCCAACGUGGGCCGCGCAGCUAUUAAAAGAAUCGGCGGAUCUAACCUAUCAACAAAUCUACUUCUUGCUACCGUUUGCCAGUUACAGCGCGUUGAAGGUCAACAAAAUGUCGAAUCUACCUUGAAGGCUUCCUCGACUUCUUUCCUGGCGCGCCGAUUGUAUGCUACUGCGACUAAAACUACCCAAACCGAAACUGUCGUAGAGAAGAAGCCAGUUGCAAAAAAGGCGCCUGCGAAGAAAUCUACCACUGCUGCUAAGCCUCCCGUCAAAAAGUCUACCAAGACGACCACCAAAAAAACUGCGAAGCCAGUUAAAAAGCCAGUAAAGAAAAUUAAAUCGGCAAAGGAAACGGUUGCAAAAAAGCGAGGACCAAAGCCCAAGAAGCAAUUGACAGACGCACAAAAGUUAAAAUUGAAGUUGAAGGAAUUGAAGGCUAUUGCGUUCCUCAAAGAAGCUCCAAAACAAAUUCCGGAUACUGCCUAUAGCCUAAUGUUUAUGGAUUUGGUUAAGAAAGGAACCUCUGUCAUCGAUGCGGCCAAGCAGGCAUCAGAGAAAUACAAAUCGGCAUCGACAGCAGAAUUGGAGCGACUUGAACAGACUGCGAAGGAGAACAAGGCUGUCAAUGCACGCAACUACAAGAAUUGGGUCCAGAGUCAUACUCCAGCGGAGAUUCGCACGGCGAAUUAUGCACGUCAUCACAUUCGAAGAUUGACCAACAAAUCUGCUACCCCGAGAAUCAUUAAAGAUGAUCGACUAGUAAAGAAAGUUACUUCGUCUUUAUUCUUAUUCAUGAAAGAGAGAUAUCAAUCAGGUGAAUUUGCUGGUCUCGGUAUUCCUGAAUCCUCAAAGCAGAUUGUACAAGAGUACAAGUCUAUGUCGCCUGAGCAACGCAAGCCCUUUGAGGAUGCUUCUUUGGCAGAUCAGGAGCGAUAUAUUCAAGAGUACAGAACAGUUUACGGAGAGGAACCCAAGGUUGCUCUCAAGGCUCAAGUUCAAGCAUAGAUACCCUCUAGAUUUUCAGACUCGAUCUUCUCUCUUUCUUUGACUUCGGCUCUUGACCUUGAACCAUGGCUAAAACCAUCCGCUAUGAAACGGUCAUCUGCAGAAGCUUGAGUCAAAAUUAUGGAGUCGAUACUUUCUUGUACCAAAUAUGAAUGCGAAAGUCGAGGUGUUCAUGCUUAAGAAUGAUGUUUGUACCUCGCUUCAUUGUUUUUGUCUUUAGAUACCCCCUGCCUUGAACGCUAGUGAUGAAAAGAAUACGAUUUUACUAUUUUAAAGGUAUUCGGUGGGAGUAUGACGAGUUUGUGAUGAGGAUCAGAUACUCAUUUCACUUUAUUAGGGUUCUUCUAUUUGAUUACUAUUUGUAUAUUUCACUACUAAUACAUGAAUGAGAACCA